UUAUGACCCCACUAUGUACAUAGGUCAGAUUCAAACAAUCUUCAAGCCUACAAUCUAAUCUACCAAACUACCAGACCACUAAACUUGAUGAAAUUUGAUGCAUCUAAGAACUGAUAAAAUGUACCUGCCCCUUUAUAAGAUCAUUCAUUGCUUCACAAACGGUCUGGAGGAAAAAUCAUAUAAAAUUAGUUGUGUCAUAUAACUAAAUGAAAAUGAUGGGUUUGCUAAAUUUUUCGUUGCUCCUGGUCUUCGUAUUGUCGAUUGUCUCCACUGCACCACCUCCGGAACGAAAAUGCCGUUCAGUAUGGACCGAUCUUAAUAAAGAAGAGUUGAAAAAAAUUGGGAUUUGUACAAAAGAACUCGGCUGGAAAAAUGGGAGGGAGAAGUCUCAGAAGUCAACGUGCACCAUGAAAUGCGUCUUGACCAAGGAAGGUUUGAUCCAAGACGACGGCUUGAUAGCACUUGCAAAAUAUAACUCUUACAUUAUUGACCACUUUCCACCAUCGCUGCUUGAACGGUCAAAUUCAACAUUUUAUCCAUGCUUCCAACUCGGUGAAGGAAUAACUGUUGGAUCGGAUCCAGACUGCAAGGAAUACGAGCCGCUAAUAAAAUGUGUUAAUAGACGAUUUGCCGAUUUAUGUAAAGGCCUUCCUUGAGCGAGUGUGUGGGAUUUUGUAACCCUUUCAAGACACCUACUUUCUCUUAUAUACUUACCUAUGUAUAUUACUUACUUGUGUACAUAAAUAUAUUAGUACUUUCCACAUAUUCACGAAACUAAGAAUUUUAGUUAUACAAGUUAUACGUAUAAUAAAUAUUGGGCAUACUA